GCGAGGGGCGUGUGUCUCUAAGUGGCAAUCAACGAACAGAGCGGGAACGCGUACAGCUCCUUCUCUGUUCCUCUACAUAAGCGUCCUCUGCCUUUGCUGCUUGCAGACGCAGGCAUUCACUCCUUCCUUCUCCUUCUCCCUCGUUACUUUGCGCCCGUUCUCGAGAUCUGCGUUUCCUCUUCAAGCUUUUAUCCCGAAACUCACACUUGUCGAGUGCCAAUCUGUUGCUUCCUGGAUUAUUUCUGCGGUUUCUUUCCAUGUUCUGUUUCUUUUAAAGAUGGAAUGGAGCAAUAGAUUUUGUUCUGAUGUUUUUGAAACGGAUGAGGCUUUAGACAGGAACGUAUUGGACACGGUAGAUAAGGGUACUUCUUAUGCGCCAAACACGAUGACUGAAAUCGUGAUGGAUGCUGAAAUUGCUGUUGACAUGGCUCCCCCAAUUGAGACUCCAAACAAGGUUCACGUCUCUCAUCAUGCCCCACAUCCACCCCUGAAUGAGAGGAUUCUCUCGUCCAUGACCAGGAGAUCUGUUGCUGCACACCCUUGGCAUGAUCUCGAGAUAGGACCUGAAGCUCCAAAAAUCUUCAACUGUGUUGUUGAAAUUGGGAAAGGAAGCAAGGUCAAGUACGAGCUUGACAAAAAAACUGGACUAAUCAAGGUUGACCGGGUACUUUACUCUUCAGUUGUGUACCCCCACAACUAUGGGUUUAUCCCACGCACUAUAUGUGAGGAUAGCGAUCCCUUGGAUGUAUUGAUCAUCAUGCAGGAGCCUGUUCUUCCAGGAUGCUUUCUGCGAGCCAAGGCUAUCGGUGUCAUGCCAAUGAUUGAUCAGGGUGAGAAAGAUGACAAGAUAAUUGCCGUUUGUGCUGAUGAUCCUGAGUAUCGACACUACAAUGACAUCAAAGAUCUUCCCCCUCAUCGUUUAGCUGAAAUCCGCCGUUUCUUUGAAGACUACAAGAAGAAUGAGAACAAAGAAGUUGCGGUGAACGACUUUCUGCCUGCUUCAUCUGCCUUCGAAGCGAUCCAGCACUCCAUGGAUCUGUACGCGGACUACAUCGUGGAGGGGUUGAGGCGGUAGUCGUAGACCCGUGGAUGCAGGUCCGGGAUUUUGUUUUAUUGCCCUCAUAUAUAUUUGGAAGAAAUGGUUUCGAAACGCUACCUUUUUACGAUUAUGACGAAAAAGAAAAGCUGUAUCCUCUAGUCGCAUGUAAAUUGCUCUCAAUUCAUGCAUAUUUUACACAUAUUUCUGCUUGAUCUCCACUGUUAAAACUCAACGACUUUUCCAGAGUUUAAUAUCAAAGUUUUGUAUGAUA